UCAGAAGAGCCAGCUGUUUACUCUGAACAUGCACAUUUAGUAAUGUUUUGUAGAAUAACCUCACGGAUGAGUCUAAAUGAACAUUAUAGAUGCAGGUUUUAUCUUUAAAGAUUAAAACAAACAAACAGAGGAAACCGACUGCUCCUGUCAGUAGGUGUUUUGCUUCAGUCAGUAGCUGGGCUGUACACCGCGGUGGCUCGAUGCUAAUGCUAAUGCUAAUUCCACACAGAGGAAGCAGAGAACAUUUGUGACUUAUUUCCAGUCAUGUCGCUCUUCACUCGGACUUUUUAAGGCUUGUAAUGUAUAACUCGAUGUAUUUAUGUGCUUCAUUGUACUUUCAUGACGGACCUGGUUGUUAACCUGGUGAAUAUUGUGUUAACCCUGUGUACUAUGGUUAGUUAGUUGUUUCCUGGAGCUGGAUCUCUGACUCUGUGAACAGGACUAUGGGGAGCUGCUGUGCAUCUGGAUUUUACUUAUAUUCCCUCUGUACGUUAUUGCUGUUGAUGUUGAUGUGCCCACCACCUCCUGCCCAGGCUGAAGGUAAUACCAGUCAUGUCCAGGUGGUACAGAAGGAUGGUCAGUUCGAUGUGCCCUAUUUUGACAAGGUGACCAAUGAACUGCAGACCAUCUACACCUUCAACCACACUGUGUCCAGAAACAAGACGGAGGGGGUACGGGUAUCUGUGGAGCUGCGCUCGGAGAACACUAACCCUAGCCCCGUGCUGUUUGUGGUGCGUCAGAAACAGGCUGUGCUCUCCUUUCAGGUUCCACUCAUCCUCCGAGGCCUAUACCAGAGGAAGUACCAGUACACUCAGGUGGGCCGAACCCUGUGCCAGCCACCCACGCGUGCCCUGUCCGAGACCCAGUUUUUCUACGUGGACGUGUCCACCCUCUCAUCGACCAGCGUCAGUUACCGGCUGCAGGUCAGCCGGGUGGAGAGCUUCACCCUGCAGACCGAUAAGAAGUUCAGCUUUAAUGCAACUCCGUCCCAGCCCCAGUUCUUUAAGUACGUCUUUCCGGACGGCGUGGAUACGGUCGUGGUAAAAGUGAACUCUCAGAAGAACUUCCCCUGCUCCGUCAUGUCCAUUCAGGACAUCCAGUGCCCUGUGUUUGAUCUGGACAACAACGUGGCCUUUAUUGGGAUGUACCAGACCAUGACCAUGAAGGGUGCCAUCACGGUGCAGAAGAAGGACUUCCCAAGUAACAGCUUCUACGUGGUGAUCGUGGUAAAGACGGAGGACGAGGCGUGCGGCGGGCCGCUCAGAUUCUACCCCCUCUUACCCGAUGAGCUGUUGGAUGCUGGGAACAGGAGUAAAACUCUGGAAGUGGUCGUCUCACCCGCCAUCAACACUGAAGUGUACGUUGUGGGAAUAGCGUUCUGCCUCGGAAUCUUCCUGUCCUUAUAUGUGCUGACCUUCCUGGUGGCCUGCAUCGAGAACAAGAGAAUGAACAAGAAGAGAGAGUGUCUCUUAAAGCCGGCCGACAUGUCACCCGCCGAAACGGCGUCUCUUUUAGGUAAAGGUCCGACCUCUCCAUACGAGUACGGUUCUUUUGCUGAUAACGGCAGCACAGUGAGUUCAGAACCGGUGACUGACAGUCUGGCAUCGACUGAGACCAACUAUGGAUACAUGGGACAGGAGGCUUUCAAACGACGGCCAAUCAGCUCUCACUACGUAGCCAUCCGCUUCGAACGUUCCUUGGACACGGUGAGUCGAUGCAGACAGGAGUCUCUGAGUUCCGUGGAGGAGGACGACUACGACACGCUGGCCGACAUCGACUCGGACAAGAACAUCGUCCGCACCAAGAAGUACCUGUGUGUCUCUGAUCUGGCUCGGAAGGACAACCGCGUGCUAAGCAAGAAAUACCAGAUCUACUUCUGGAAUAUUGCCACGAUUGCGGUGUUUUAUGCCCUACCCGUGAUUCAGCUGGUCAUCACAUAUCAGACGGUCGUGAACGUGACCGGGAACCAAGACAUUUGCUACUACAACUUCCUGUGCGCUCAUCCUCUAGGAGCUCUGAGCUCAUUUAACAACAUCCUCAGCAACCUAGGCUACGUGAUGCUCGGGCUGCUCUUCCUGCUCAUCGUGCUGCUGAGGGACAUCCUGCACAACCGUGCACUCGUGCGCAACACUGUGAACGCGCUGGAGUGUGGAAUCCCAAAGCACUUCGGCCUGUACUACGCGAUGGGCACAGCCCUGAUGAUGGAGGGGCUGCUGAGCGCCUGCUACCACGUCUGCCCCAACUACACCAACUUUCAGUUCGAUACGUCGUUUAUGUACAUGAUCGCCGGGCUGUGUAUGCUGAAGCUGUAUCAGAAGAGACACCCCGACAUCAACGCCAGUGCCUACAGUGCGUACGCCUGUCUCGCUGCUGUCAUCUUCUUCUCUGUACUGGGAGUGGUGUUCGGGAAGGGAAACACAGCGUUCUGGAUCGUGUUCUCCGUGCUGCACAUCAUCGCCACUCUGCUGCUCAGCACUCAGCUCUACUACAUGGGCCGCUGGAGACUGAAUUCGGGGAUUAUGCGCAGGAUGCUGUAUGUGAUCUACACAGACUGUAUUCGGCAGUGCAGUGGACCCAUGUACAUAGAUCGGAUGGUGCUGCUUGUGAUGGGCAACAUUGUGAACUGGUCUCUGGCUGCGUACGGGUUGAUUAAAAAGCCGAACGACUUCGCUUCGUACCUGCUGGCCAUCGCCAUCUGUAACCUGCUGCUGUAUUUUGCCUUCUACAUCAUCAUGAAGUUGCGGAGUGGUGAGAGGAUCCAGCUUCUGCCGUUCGUGUGUAUUCUCUUCACCGCCGUGGUUUGGGGAUUCGCCCUCUUCUUUUUCUUUCAGGGACUCAGUACAUGGCAGAAAACGCCGGCGGAAUCACGUGAGCACAAUCGGGAGUGCAUCCUCCUCUCGUUUUUCGACGAUCACGAUAUCUGGCACUUCCUCUCCUCCAUCGCCAUGUUCGGUUCCUUCCUGGUGUUGCUGACGAUGGACGACGACCUGGACCUGGUCCAGCGGGACAAGAUCUACGUCUUUUAGCCCGUCGAGCAGCGUCCAGGAAGGGGCGGGGCUCCGGACGGACACUGACGCCGGACGGGCAUCGAACGUGCCAAUCAAACUCGCCACGGCUGAACCGUGACGCCGAGGUUUACACGAUUCAACACGAAUCAGAUCAGAGUCCUGCCACACGAUCAUCAACGCAUUUUAAACCACUGCUGUGUGUGUGUGUGUGUGUGUGUGCCGACCUGUGGCCUUCAUGUUAAGACGUUCGUCUCUGUGGGGUCUGACUGUAGCUCUGACUGUAGCUCUGACUGUAGCUCUCGCUGUUCUUCUGAUCUUCUCUGAUCAUCAAAUGGAAAUGAAUCUUUGCACUUCUGUGAGAAACGAUUUUAGGAGCAGGAACGGUUACUGAAUAAAGUCUUUCUAUGUUUUUCAGUACUAUAAA